GAGGUCACAGGCCGAGAAUUGCGGCUAAUACUUUUGAGUUAAGCCCGUCCUUGAUUCGAAUGGUGCAGCAAAAGCAGUUUGGGGGAGCUGCAAUCGAGGACCCGAAUGCGCAUCUGGCGCAAUUUCUGGAGAUAUGUUGUACGGUGAAGUACAAUGGAGUCCCGGAGGAUGUUAUCCGGCUUAGGCUUUUCUCUUUCUCUCUUAGAGAUAAAGCCAAGGUGUGGUACAAUUCUCUUGAGGCCGGGACAGUGACAACAUGGGAUGAGAUGCGUCACAAAUUUCUCUUGAAGUUCUUCCCACCGAGUAAGAUGUUGAGACUUCAGACGGAGAUCACUCAAUUCAAGCAACAAGAUGGUGAGCCUUUAUACGAGGCCUGGGAGCGUUACACGCAACUCCUUCGGACGUGCCCUCAGCAUGGAUUUUCAGAGGAGCACCAAAUUUGUUAUUUCUACAAUGGAUUGAGUGGCCCGAUGAAGGCUAUGGUGGACGCCUCAGCUGGAGGUGCCCUUUUGGGAAGGCGACCGAACGACGCGAAGCGAAUUCUUGAGGAGAUGGCGUCGAAUAGCUAUCAGAUGCCAACUAAUGAGCCGGAAAAAGUCGAGCCUGAGGAAAGCAAGGAAGAGGAAGAAGUUGAGGAAGUAGUAGUGGAGCCCCCAAAAUCGGCAAUUACAGGGGCUGAGAAGCCAAAAUCUACUUCUAACACUUCUACUCCUAAUAUUCCUUUACCUUUUCCUCAACGUUUUGCAAAGAAAAAAAUUGACGAACAAUAUGCCAAAUUUCGUGAAAUAUUUACUAAAGUUCAAAUAAAUAUUCCUCUUGUUGAUGCAUUGCAGGAGAUGCCCAAAUAUGCCAAGUUCUUGAAGGACAUGGUAUCUAGGAAGAAGAAGCUCAAAGCGUAUGAGAAGGUGAAUUUGACGGAGGAGUGUAGUGCUAUGAUCCAAAAGAAGAUGCCUUUCAAACGCAAGGAUCCCGAGAGCUUCACCAUUGCAUGCAUUAUAGGAGGAAAGCGGUUCGGGAAGGUGUUGUGCGACUUGGGAGCAAGCAUCAAUCUCAUGCCACUAUCAAUUUUCAAGAGGUUGGAGAUUGGGACGAUUAGGCCCACUACGAUUGCAUUGCAAAUGGCGGAUAAAUCCUUGUCUUAUCUGAAGGGGAUUGUGGAAGACGUAUUGGUGAAAGUCGAGGAGUUUAUCUUCCCGGCUGAUUUUGUGGUCCUUGACAUGGAGGAGGAUAAGGAGGUUCCACUAAUUUUGGGUCGUCCGUUUCUUGCAACCGGGGGAGCAUUGAUUGAUGUGAAGAAUGGCGAGCUUACUCUCUGGGUUGAUGAAGAGAGCAUCACAUUUUCCAUAUAUCAAGCGAUGAAGAAUAAUAAUGAGGAUGGUGAGAUCGAAGAAUGUAAAGUGAUUGAAGUUGUCGAGGCUUCCUUCGACAAUGACAUGAUUACUUCUUC